AUGACCAAAAGAGAAUUUCAUCGGCAGCGUCUGAAUUGUGGCAUCAUCUUUUAUCUUAGUCUCAAUGCACUGCAAAUUGUUGGGGCGUUGAUCGUCAUAGGCAUCUUUGCCUCUGACAUCUCUGAUGGCUCAAGGCAUUUAGGGAGAUCGAUCUUCUCCAUUGUCGCAGGUGUGCUUUCAGUGGUUAUCGCCUUUGCUCUUAUUGUGGAAACAUUUCACACCGUGCCCAGCAGAGUGUGGCUGGUGUUGGUGUUCUUGUUCCACUGGUGCCUCAUCAGCCUCUGGUCUGUUGCUGUUGGACUUUUAGGUGCGCUUUACUUUCACGGAGGACCUUCAAAGCUGAGGGCUGGCGCCGCCUUCAACUUGUUGAAUCUGAUCGUAUGGGUUGUUGCUUCUAUCCUUGGGUGCCAGGGAUGUUUCCGACGGAAAGGAAAACUGCCCAAGACCAACGACGACGAUGGCGUGGAUCUACAAUCCAAGCCUGGGGGAACAUAA